UCCUGCGUCGGUAAGAGUCUGCGGGAGAGCUGCUAUGUUCUGGGGAUGGGAAAGGUUUCCCGUCCCAACCGCGUGUUAUCCUACGAAGGGGACAGCAGUGUCCUUUGAGUUACAUUAGCUAGCUGCCUCUACUGUCUUCCACCAGCCGCAACUCCGAGGGCUGGAGGUAGAAAACCGUACAAAACGGCCAAAGGGGACUCAGAGAGAGGAAAGUGAGAAGCUAUACCAGGAAUUAUGAGCAUCUCUGGACAGAAGAGAGACAAUGGGAGAGCAACCUUGGAAGAACAGCUGGCUUCGGGACUGAUUGAUCAUGACGUCUAUAAAGGAGCAGGCAGCAAUUAGCCGGCUCUUGAGUUUUUUACAGGACUGGGACAAUGCUGGCAGAGUCGCAAGGAGUCACAUCCUCCACAAUUUCAUUGACAGCAACCAAGGCAAGACGGCCCCUGAGCUGGAACAAGAGUUUUCCCAGGGAGCCAGUUUGUUCCUGGCCCGCUUGACCACCUGGCUUAGACUCACCUAUAUGACUGGCUCGUGUUUAGAGAAGCUGCUCAGGUCCAUUGGUGUCUUCUUAUCAGCUGUAAGCAGCAAUCGAUACCUUAUAGAAUUCCUUGAGGUCGGGGGGGUCCUGACACUCUUGGAAAUACUUGCACUGGAGAAGAUCAAGGAGGAGGACAAGAAGGAGUCCGUCAAGCUGCUUCAGGUUAUUGCAAACUCUGGCAGGAAGUACAAGGAGCUCAUUUGUGAAAGCUACGGUGUACGCUCCAUAGCAGAAUUUUUGGCAAAAUCUAAGUCAGAAGAGACCCAGGAAGAAGUGCAGGUGCUGCUGGACUCUUUGGUGCAUGGUAAUCCCAAGUACCAGAACCAGGUGUACAAAGGGCUAAUAGCUUUGCUGCCCUGCGCGUCCCCGAAAGCUCAGCAGCUGUCCCUGCAGACUCUCAGGACUGCGCAGUCCAUCGUCGGGACCACACACCCCAGCAUCGUGGACGGCGUGCUGAAGGUACUGCGCACGAUGCACCUGGAGGUCCAGUACGAAGCCAUCGAACUGAUCAAGGACCUGGUCAACUACGACGUGUGCCCGGCGCUGCUCAAGGGCCUCGUGGCGUUGCUAAUACCUUCCUUCAAGGAGACCAGCAAACUGCAGCCCAAGAUCGUCGACGAGUCAUCGGUUCUCCAGCUCACCGGCCACCUGCCCUUGUUCUUGCAGCAGGCGGCGGCCGCCAAGGCCAUCGGGAUCCUGGCGCGCCGGAACACCAGCCUGGCCGAGGAGAUGCUGCACCUGCGCGUGGUGCACAGCCUGCUGGCCGCUAUGGGCAACACGGACCACAGCAACAGCCAGCGGCAGGCCAGCCUCACGCUGGAGUACUUCGUGCAGCUGUUCCCGGUGGUGGAGGAGCACGUGCGCAGGUCCAUGGGGGAGGAACUCUACAGGCUCUUCCUGAGCGACGCGGAGGACUUGUACAGGAAAAUGGACAGCAUUCAGGCGGACAUCCUGGCGGCCAACAAAGUCAACGUUACCAAAGGGGGUAAAACGACAGCGUGCUUCUCCGACCCCAUCAGCAUCGCUUCACCAAGACCUUUGACUACGGGAGGAUUAAGCCACACCGUCCAAGCCACGAGCACACGUGUUCUUCCGAAAAAGAGAGCAGACUGGAAAGCAGUGCUGCCGCCCUCGCCAGAGUUCGAAAUGUUUCAUGCAGUAACUGAAUAGGAAAAAGCACAGUAUCUCCACAGCGCAAGUGUUACCCGUAAGCAUUUACAUGUAAAAUUCACUUAAACAACAGACGCAAAACCCCCACCACAAAAAGUUUACCUACAAACCAGUAAAAAACUCGUCUAUUUUUUGUACACUCUCAGUAAGCCUCGCAUAAGCAAGGCCUCAAAAAAUUGGGUAAAGACUCAGAAUUGUUCCUCUCCACGGAAAUCUUUAGUAAAAGGCGAAAGAUUUAUACGAUCUGAAGAGAAACCAGAGUAUGCUCACUUUGCCGAGCACACAGUCCUCGGGUAACUGUAAGUCCUAAUUCAGCAAUGGUAACUGUGUGUCCCCAAAGACCUAGUAAGUUAUACCUUUGUCUCAGGCAAUACUGUGAAAAUAUCAUCAUUUUCUGGAGCGGCAGGAGGAGGGGGAAGGCUAAAAGAAAAAGAAGAAGCCAGCCUUUAAAAAUUGGAGAGAACCUUGUGCAAUGCAUUCUGGCACAUUAUCUGCAGCAUUUUUGGUGUGCGCAUUGCGUUGGAGAUAACCUGACAUCUGUUACUGGAAGGGCAGUAGGAGACACGUGAUGCCAGAGUGCCCCAUGACUAGUGAUGCCUGGUUACAGCGGUGACUGCCACAUUUUUCCAUGGAAAGCAAUAAUUCGGCGAAGGAGGAAACAGAAUAGGAAACAUUCUGCAAAGAAAGAAAUCGAGUCAAAUUUCUAACUUGUCCGAGGUCACUGAGCAGGCGACUGAAGAAGUGGGAUUCGAACCCGUGACCAUAGCCCGGGCCCCACUCUGAGACACCACCCUGAGGCGUCUCAGUUUAGGGUAUCCCAGCAACGCCGCAGCCCUGCGGGGAACGCCUAGAAGCCACACUUCCCGCAGCGCGGACCUGCGAAGCUCCCGGCAGGCCCUGCACCGGAAGUCCCGCCUGAGACUACGCAUCCCAAGAGGCUUCGCAGGUCGCCGCUGAUUGGCGGAAGCGAGGCGAGCGACAGCGUGAUGACGUUGAGGGACGCUGGCGCGCGGGAUUUAAACUUCGGCGGUUUACGCGGCGUUAGGACUUCGUAAGACUGGCGGAGUUGGGGUUUUCUGGCGUUUCGCGGUUCUCUUCCCGGCGCCCCUGCCUGCUCAUGGACUCGUCGCUUCAGGCUCGCCUGUUCCCUGGUCUCUCCAUCAAGAUCCAACGUAGUAACGGCUUAAUUCACAGUGCCAAUGUAAGGACUGUAAACUUGGAGAAAUCCUGUGUUUCGGUGGAAUGGACAGAAGGAGGAGCCACAAAGGGCAAAGAGAUUGAUUUUGAUGAUGUGACUGCAAUAAACCCAGAACUCUUGGAGCUCCUCCCCUUACAACCCAAGGACAAUCUGCCCCUGCAGGAGAAUGUGACGGGUCAG